GAUCGGUUCACACGCGAUUUUUUUUUCGCUAAAAUUCUUUAGAUUUCUCAUGGAAAAGUGACCUAGAAAAAAUAAAUUAAUCUUGAAGGCGAGUCAUUGUCGAGUGAUAACCCGGUCAAUAAUUGAUUUAAACAAGAAUUAACACAAAAUAACAAAAAAAUCAAGGAACUCAAGUGAAAUUUCUAUGAUUUUUAAUUAAAUAAAUUUUUUAUUAAAAAAAAAACAAGAAAAAAAAAUCGAAAAUGCUGAUAAGAAAUCAAUUUGCCUGGAGUUGCUGCUGUUUGUUGUUAUUUUUAGUGCCAGAGAUUUUUGCAGUUCAGUGUUUGGAUCCGCCGCACUGCGAAAAUGUCAGGGGAUAUCCGUUGCAGACGAUUCAGACGACGGUGAAUCGCGAAUUUGACAAAUAUGCAGCGUUUUUUGGGGAAGAUCCGAUUUAUACGACGCCAAUGGUGAUAAAUCGCUUCAAUCCGGGGCCAUUUGUGGAUCCGAAAAAUGCAGUGGUCUCUUCGGAUGACUCGCAUUUGUGUAAUUUUUCGAUUUUGACGAAAUUUCCGAAAUUUGGAACGACAAAUACGAAUGAGGAAUUGUUGAUUAUUAAUGAUGGGCAAAAUUAUCGGCAAGGGGUGAGAGUUGAGUUGUGCCAAAACGACAACAGCAAAUGUUUGUACAGCGACAGUUUCCCGAAUGGCUAUGAAUGUACGUGUGAGCAACAAUAUCAUUACCGGUAUUUGCUGAGUUAUGACAACAAUAAAGUGGUGAAAAAAGCUUUCCGGAUGCCAAGUUAUUGCAAGCCAUCGAUCAAGACGAAGGAUGCCACGAGAUAUAAUUAAAAUAUUUUCUUUUCUUCUCAUAUUCUUUUUAUAAUAAAUGUGAUAUUUUUGAAUA